AUGGAUGCUCUUAUUGUAGAACUUUUGCGAACUGUGAGGAUGCCUCCCCAAACAAUUCCUGUUUAUACUGAACCUCCAUCUGAAAGUGAUCUAGAAGACUCUACCCACGCUUUACUCCCAAGGAAGCAAAAAAGAAGAGAUCAAAGGCCGGGAGUGCUUAUCACAGACCCCCUUCAAAAGAAAUCUACACCGAUUGAGCCUGAUUCUAUGGCUCAAAACAUACCAAGCCCAUUCACUGAGUCCACUCUAGUGAUUCAAGAAAUAUCAAGCCCGUUCACUGAAUCCAUUCCUAUGGAUCAAGAUUUUGAAAGCCCAAUUGUUGAAGAAGAAGUCAUACCUUCGGAAGGAUCUCAAGCUUCAAGAGCUCAUUUGAAACACCUGAGCUGGACAUCUCCAAAGCAAGACAUUCGUAUCAGCGAGCUUGAGAAAGAGAACUCCGACAAAGCUUCAAAUAUCUUACAACUUCAAGCAGAUCUUGGUGGUCUAACUGCUCUGUUCUUUGACCUAAAACAGUGCCUAUUUCAAAAGUUUGGUGAUGAAUUUCAACCUUUGAGCACUGAAGGAGAAAUGAUCAUUGCUUCUAGUUCUGGUCCAGCCAAUCCAACUUCUCAACCUACAAGUGAAAGAGCUACAAGACCUGUUGUCACACCCCGCUAA